AUGCUUGACGUUAUAUCUGUGUUAUCGGACCCUGUGCUGUUUGGCCAGUACGGGCCCGAUUUGCGCCACGAUCUGUUGGCGCAUGUGUUGGCACAGCAGGAGCAAAACACAAGACUGAACGCUAAGAAUGAGGCGUUUCAGAAGGCCCUUGGCGAGCUGGGCACGGUGCUCACCUCUGUUGCUAAGGGCGACCUUUCGAAAAAGGUGCAAAUCCACGACGUUGAGAGCGACCCGGAGAUCCACAAGGUGAAGGUCACCAUCAACACCAUGAUGGACCAGUUGCACACGUUUGCCCAUGAGGUUACUAAUUUAGCCACAGAGGUCGCUAACGGUAAACUUGGUGGCCAGGUCAAGACGCUGGAAAUCCAGGCCACGGGCGUUUGGCGCUCGCUCAUCGACAAUGUCAACGCAAUGGCCCUGAACCUGACAAACCAGGUGAGAGAAAUCUCCGAGGUCACCUCGGCCGUUGCAGCUGGAGAUUUGUCUCGGAAAACCAACGUUUUCGCCCAGGGCGAGAUCCUGCAAUUGCAAAACACUGUCAACAAGAUGGUGGACCAGUUGCGGAAGUUCGCCUUCGAAGUCACGAGGGUGGCUAGAGAAACAGGAGUCGAGGGACGUUUGGGUGGACAGGCUAGAAUCGAGAAUGUGUCUGGUAUUUGGCUCGAACUCACCGACAACGUCAACGCCAUGGCUUUGAACCUCACCACUCAAGUGAGAAACAUCGCCAACGUCACCACUGCGGUCGCCAAAGGUGACUUGUCCACCAAAGUCACUGCCGACUGUAAAGGAGAGAUCUUGGAGCUAAAAAUCACCAUCAACAAGAUGGUGGACCGAUUACGGACGUUCGUCGAAGAGGUCAGAACUCUGGCCACCGAGGUCGGUACGAAGGGUAUUUUAGGAGGUCAGGCCAACGUGACCGAUGUGGACGGUGCUUGGAAAGAAGUCACCGAGAAGGUCAACGUUAUGGCCAACAACCUGACCAACCAGGUGAGAUCGAUCGCCACAGUCACCACGGCUGUGGCCCACGGAGACUUAUCUCAGAAGAUUAAGGUCGAGGCCCAGGGAGAGAUUCUGCAGCUGAAGAGCACCAUUAAUAAGAUGGUGGACUCUUUGCAAGUUUUCGCCAAGGAAGUCACCAGAGUGGCCAAGGAUGUGGGUAUUGACGGUAAAUUGGGUGUGCAAGCCGAGGUUAACGACGUUGACGGGCUUUGGAAAGAAAUCACCACCAACGUCAACAUCAUGGCUGCGAACCUGACCACGCAAGUGAGAGCGUUUGCCCAGAUCACUGCUGCCGCUACGGACGGAGACUUCACGAGAUUCAUUACCGUGGAGGCCUCGGGAGAAAUGGAUGCCUUGAAGACCAAGAUUAACCAGAUGGUGCUGAACCUGAGAGAGUCCAUUCAAAGAAACACUGCUGCCAGAGAGGCUGCCGAGCUUGCUAACCGCGCCAAGUCGGAGUUCCUGGCCAACACGUCCCACGAGAUUAGAACGCCGAUGAACGGUAUCAUUGGUAUGACUCAACUGACGCUCGAGACGCAAUUGACGCAGUACCAGCGGGAGAUGCUGUCGAUUGUGCAUAACCUUGCCAACUCUCUGUUGACCAUCAUUGACGACAUUCUGGAUAUUUCCAAGAUCGAAGCGAACCGCAUGACCAUUGAGGAAAUCGAUUUCUCUCUGAGAGGCACUGUUUUCGGUGCUCUCAAAACACUGGCCGUGAAGGCCAUUGAGAAGCAGCUGGACCUGAUCUACAAGGUGGACAACUCGUUCCCCGACAAUCUUGUUGGAGACUCGUUCAGACUGCGCCAGGUGAUCCUCAACUUAACGGGAAACGCUAUCAAGUUCACGAGCCACGGAAAGGUCACUGUCAGCGUCAAGAAGACGUCGCGGGUAAUCAACAACACCGACAAGCUGCUUCUGGAGUUCUGUGUGAGCGACACCGGUAUUGGUAUCGAGAAAGACAAGCUGGGUGUGAUUUUCGACACGUUCUGCCAGGCUGAUGGUUCCACCACGCGUAAGUUCGGUGGUACUGGUCUGGGACUGUCGAUUUCGAAGCAGCUGAUCCAUCUCAUGGGCGGAGAGAUCUGGGUCACCUCGAACUACGGUGACGGGUCCAACUUCUACUUUACGAUUCUGGUCUCGCCCGCCAAGAUCGAUCUGUUCAGACAGCUGGAGGUGCUGUUCCCAUUCAAGGGCCACAAGGUGCUGUUCAUUGCGACGGAGCACGACGAGCCAUCCAAGGAGAACAUCACGGAGAACAUCAGACAGCUGCAGCUGGAGCCAGUGGUGGUGGAGGACGUUACCGGUGUGAGCAUUCACGACCCGGCCAGCUACGACACCAUCAUCAUCGACUCGAUCGAGACCGGCCGCCAGCUUCGCCAGCUGCCGGAGAUCAAGUACGUGCCGCUUGUGCUGCUGCAUCCGUCGAUUCCUGCGCUCAACAUGCGGGUGUGUCUGGACCUGGGUAUCAGUUCCUAUGGCAACACGCCGUGCUCCGUGACGGACCUGGCGUCGAUCCUCAAGCCGGCGCUCGAGAGCAGGGCUGCUCCGCCUAACAGCGACGGCUCCAUCUCGUACAAGAUCCUACUUGCGGAAGAUAACCUGGUGAACCAGAAACUGGCCGUCAAGAUCCUGGAGAACCACGGCCACACGGUCGAGGUGGUGGAGAACGGCCGCGAGGCCAUCGAGGCUGUGCAGAAGAAGCACUACGACGUCAUUCUCAUGGACGUGCAGAUGCCAAUCAUGGGAGGAUUCGAAGCCACAGCCAAGAUCAGAGACUGGGAGAAAAAGAAGUACGUGGACUCGAUGUCUUUCCGUACGCCGAUCAUCGCGCUGACCGCCCACGCCAUGCUGGGAGAUAGAGAAAGGUGUCUCAAGGCACAGAUGGACGAGUACCUGUCCAAGCCGCUGAAACCGUCGCUGCUGCUCCAGACCAUCUCCAAGUGCAUUCAUAACAUGAACCAGCUUAAGGAGAUCUCCAAGAGCCAGAACACGCGCGGAUCCAACUUCCAUCAUCUGAAGAACGGGUUCGUCAACAACGAUCUCCACCGUCACAACAGUCUUGACUCUGUGCAGGACGUCAAGAUCCGCGAGCUCGCCGACGACGAGGCAGAUACUACAUCAUAA